AUUCCCAUUUGCUGCAGACACAAAUUAGAUUCCUCUGAAUCUCUUCUCUCUAUCUUCUCCUCUUCCUCCUCCUCCUUCUCCUCUUCCCCUUCAGUACUUUGCCCCUUUCGCUUCGCGUCCUUGACAAUGGCAAUGUGGUGAUUCCGCUCCGUUCAGAGAUGUGACAAUGUCAAAAAAGGGUAUUGAUAUGGUUGGUCCUUUGUUAUUGGACGACUUCAACGGAAAUCCCGAUGAAUUCUACGAUAAUGUUAUCAAACACAUUGAUUUUCCAUUGGAAGAUGUGGUUGGCAACGUGUUAGAUGAUGAUUGGGAUGAGAGAUUCCAACUCCUUGAGCUGCCUUCCUCGGAUAUCUUAGCUGGAUUACCCUCUGGUCUUGGUGGUAAAUUAUGUGAUGAUGAUUCUGGCCCACUUAGCACUACCCCUGAGUAUCAGGGUAAACCUAAGCUGAAGGACUCAUCGCAAGUCAAUGGGGAGGCAACUUCAGACAGGCAUAUUUUGUUUGGCGGCAUCAAAGACUCGAGCCUGUUUCAGACCACAUCCGGCUCAGUCUCCGUCCUUGAGAGUGGCAGCUCGUGGUCAGGCUAUAACUCUGUCCACUUCGGUUCAGAUUCUUCAUCCCUGUGAAACGAGCUCGCAGUAAGCGGCUUCGUCCGCCCACCUUAAACCCAAGGCUCACUUCCAUUCCGUUUAUAUCAUUCUCGGAGAAAAGAAAGGGAAAGAAGAAGAAUCUCUCAGUUCUCUCAGGUGGAAAUAACAACAAUGAGCCGACUCUUCUUUCUAAUGGGACGAGGAAGUGCUCGCACUGUGAGGUGACGAAGACCCCACAAUGGAGGGAAGGCCCGAUGGGCCCAAAGACAUUGUGCAAUGCCUGUGGGGUCCGAUAUAGAUCAGGGCGGCUAUUCCCCGAGUACAGGCCUGCGGCGAGCCCGACAUUCAUUGCGUCACUGCACUCCAACUCGCAUAAGAAGGUGGUAGAGAUGAGGAAGAAGGUGAGCCGUGAAGGUGCUGUGUCAAAUGAUAGUAUGAGGCCUUCCAGUCGUCAGCUCGAGAACUCGGAUGGGUGUUUAUCUGUUUGAUGAUGGUGAUGAUGAUUUUUAGUGAGUUUAGGAGAACAGUUUUCCUAGUUUGGGAUCUCUGUUUUUGUUCUCCAUUUUUCUCAAAUUUUUUUUCCUUUUUUUUUUUUUCCCUUCUUUCCCCUCCAUUUGGUUCUCUAGUUCUUAGCUGAUUUGUUCUGUAGAUUGAUUAAUAAGUAGAAGCUUUAGAGUACCUAGUAGUCUGCUAAGCUCGGCUUACCGGUAGUCUUGCAAAAAUCGACAAUAUAACAUUUUUCUGCCCCAAGCUAAAAGAGAAACGAAAACCAGUGAUAGU